AUGCCCAUCCCCAACCCAAAGUACCGCGUGCCGCCGCCGGCGGCCCCCGUCCCGGUCGAAAACCCCCUGCCCCCCGCGGUGGCGGCCCCGCCGCCCCCGGCGCUCCCGCCGCCGGGCGCGGCGGCGGGCGGGGACGAGGCGUCGGAGUCGCCCUCGCCGAGCCCGCGGAAGCGGCUCCUCGAGCUCGCGGCCGCCACGGAGCCCGCGCCGCCCGCUGGCCGCAGCUUCGUCCGGAGGUUGACCGCGCACCGGCUCAAGGCGUGGGCGUCGGAGAUCAUCGGCGGCCGCGGCGCGACGCCGCGGACGCCGCGGACGCCGCGGACGCCGCGCGUCGUCGCCGUGGACCGCGACUUCGCCCAGCAGGGGGCGCGGGGCGGCGCGUCGUCCGGGGGCGCGCGGGGCGGCGCGCCGUCCGGGAACCGCAUCUCGGGCAUCGUCCGGAGCGCCAAGGCCGAGGACCGGGACCUCGCGGUCAAGAUCCGCAAGGAGCUCGCGGAGUUCGACAAGGACGGCGACGGGACCAUCGACAACGAGGAGCUCGUCAAGUUCAUCAAGAAGCACGCCGACGCGGAGAAGAAGCUCGCGAAGGAGCGCCACGACGCGGAGCUCGAGUCGGCGAAGCAGCAGCACGAGGCCGAGCUCGAGCUGCACCGCCGGAAGAAGGCGGAGCGCAACGUCGUGCGCGUCGUCGCCGGGUCCUUCUUCCUCGUGAGCAUGCUCGUCGUGGCCAUCGUCGCCAUCGUCGUCUCCGUCAACGCCGGCACGCAGAAGACGGUCCGCGAGUACCACUACCUCGAGACGCGCGGCGCCGCGCUCACGGACGAGCGCGGCGCGACGCUCGAGUGCGAGAACCCCUACCUGAGCGUCCAGGGCAACGGCACGGGCGGCAACGGCAGCGCGGCCGCGCUGACGACCAAGGGCGGCGCGGUCCUCGCGACGGCGUCGAGCGACUUCGCCGUCGGCGAGCGCGGCGCGAUGGUCUCCAAGGCCGACGGCGCGCCGCUCACGACCAAGUCCGCGGACCUGCGCACGGACGCGGGCGUCCUCGAGACGCCCGGCGGCGCCGCCGUCGUCGCCGUCGCGGGCGGCGCGACGAUGGGCGCGACGUCCGCCUACCCGCAGCUCGCGGGCGCGGACCAGGCCGGGCUCGCCGCGGAGGAGGCGGCGACGACGUCGCGCCGCCGCCGCCUCGGCGCCGCCGGCCCCGCGCGGGGCGCGCGCCGCCGGUCCCUCGUCGCGCGAGGACAUCGUCGACGGAAACCACAACACGGGAGUGCAGAUGGGCACGCAACAGUACCUCUUGAAUGGUGA